GUGAUUGAAACUUAAAGCAAUCGGACCUAAUAAAGAACUAAUAAAAUGGAGGAUUUCUUUAAAACCCAUUACGAUCCAGUUGAACACAUCUGGAGUGGCGCGAAACCUUCGCCCAUGUACGACUUUGAUUGUUCAGUUGGUCGAAUAAUUCACAAUCAACUCAGAAAUAAUCCCACUAAUAUCUGCCAGAUCAGCCUGCAGGAUGGAAUAACUGCGACAAAUCGGGAUAUAUUCAAUUGGUCCGUGAGACUUGCGCAGAAUUUCAAGAAACGCGGAUUACGCCACGAUGAUGUCAUCUGCAUUUCAGCCAAGAACAGCACAUACGUUACUCCAGUGGCUGUAGCCUGUCUCUUCAAUGCCACGCCCUUUCACGCCGUUAAUCCCAUCUUGGAUGUGGAGACUCUCACACACGUCCUGGCGAUAACAAAGCCAAAACUAUUCUUCUGCGAUGCCGCUGACGUAGAGAAGCUGAAGACUGCGAGCGCUGCAUGGUCACCUGAGAUUAUAACGGUGAUUGGCAAAGUGGAGGGGGUUACACAUGUUGAGGAACUACUUUCGCCAACUAACACUGAAAUAUUUUAUCAACCUCAACCUUUGCUCUUGGGCGGGGAACAGACUGUGGCCAUUUUAUGUUCCUCUGGUACGACAGGCAAACCCAAGGCUGUGUGCCUGGGCAACUACAUGCUAUUAGUUGGCAUUCCAUUCGUUAAUACCGAGACGGUAAUCUACUGUGGCUCUAGUUUGGACUGGUAUUCAGGUCUGCUCAACUUUCUGUAUAGCGUGGGCGAUGGAUGUACGCGCAUCAUACCCGACAAGCCUUACAGUGCGGAGUAUAUUUUAGAGCUCGUGGCCAAAUACAAGAUCAAUUUCAUCAGCUGUGCACCGCGUCAUGCCAGCGAGCUAGUCUCUUGCCCCCAGGCCACACCGGAACGACUAGCUAGCGUGUAUAUAGUGGCAAUCGGGGGCGGUUGGAUACCUCCCGUGACACUGGGCAAGUUGCAAAAGCUAAUUAAAACAGGAGUUAUAUAUUUCGGAUAUGGCACUACAGAAUUUGGAGGAGUGUGUGCCGGCGCCUAUAAUGAGAAAUUCGGCAACACAGUUGGCAAGCUCAAUUCGGGCAUUAAGAUGCGCAUUGUCGAUGAGAACGGUAAGAAUCUUGGCUACGAGAAAGUUGGAGAGGUCUAUGUAAACCACGGCCGAAAAUGGAACGGAUACUACGGCAAUCCGCUGGAAACGCAGCGCAUGCAAGACUCUCUGGGCUGGUUCCAUACAGGCGAUCUGGGAUACUUUGAUGAGCACAACAAUCUGUACAUUGUAGACCGCAAGAAGGAGGUGUACAAAUGCUUAGGCAUGCAAUAUGGGCCCAGCGACAUUGAAGCCGCUAUUGCUGAGCUGCCCGAUGUCAAUGAGGUGUGUGUAGUGGGCAUCUAUGACGAGAAGUACGGAGAUGCACCUGCUGCCAUGGUAAUUAAACGGCCUGGCAGCACCUUGAGCGCAGACCAGAUCAAACAGCAUGUGGCCAAGCGCUUGGUGGCUAACUACAAGCAGCUGCAUGGAGGCGUCUACUUUGCCAGCGAGUUGCCCCAAACAGCCAGCGGCAAAGUGCUCCGACGAGCGGUGAAGGAGCAACUCACUCAGUCAAGCGUAGAUCGAUAAGAAAUGUUUUAUUAGUUUAGUUGCAAUUAUUUAAAUUAUUGUAAGAGAUUUCUAAACACUAUUGUAGAUAUGAGAAUAGGCGUUCGUGCAUCCUAAACUCAUCUUAUGUGUGUCAAAAUGAAUGUUAUAAGGUACAACCUACCCCUAUAUAAGGUAUCAGCGCAUCUCUUGCUGGCUGCAAAGCCACGAUAACAAUUAAAUUAUUUAAAAAUAUGUGACCCUAUCUGACUAUUCUUUAAUUUGUAAUUUAAGUUCCUGGACUUUGGUUGGAGAGAAACUUGAAAAUAUAAUAUUCGAUUCG